AUGGGCAGAUUUUUUGAUGGAUGGAGCUAUUAUAAGGGAUUUCAUAAUGAGGGUAAAAUCUUGCUGGUUUGGAAGAGUAAUUUUUUGUUUGUGGAUAUUUUACAAGAGAUUGACCAAUAUAUUCACACUCUUAUUAAGGAGUUACAGUCUAAAAAGGAGUAUUGUGUGACAUUUGUUUAUGGGAGAAACACAGUUCUUGAAAGAGUUCAGUUAUGGCAUGAUUUAUCUUGCCUUAAUUUUCUAGUUGCUCCUUGGUUAAUGGCAGGAGACUUCAACUCAGUGUUUGAAAGUACUGAUAGAUGUCGGGGUCGUCCAGUUGCUGCUGCUGAAUUGGUUGAUGCUCAACGGUGGAAAGCAUAUGGUUUGGCUGAUGAGCUUAGAUCGAUUGGUUCUCAUUUUACAUGGACUAAUAACCAAUUUGAUGGGGCUAGAAUUUACUCUAAAUUAGAUCGUGUUUUUAAAAAUGAAGAGUGGAUAGACGUUUUCCCGGAUUCGGUUGCUGUUAAACAAUGGGACAUAUUCUCAGAUCAUUGCUACUGCCUUAUUAAGGUAAUCCGCGAGGUGAAUAUUGGGUUUAAGCCUUUUAGAUUCUUCAACAUGUGGAUGGAACAUGAAAGGUUCAAACCCACUGUUAUGCAAAGUUGGAAUAAAGCAGUUUCUGUUCAGGGGUUUGAUGGUAUUUUGGUGAAACUUAAGAGACUUAGCCACGUUUUGAGGUACUUUAAUAAGACUGAGAUAGGUGAUGUUGAGCGAAAGUUUCAGAUGGCUAAGGAAAAUUAUAAUCAGGCUCAAAUUCAGCUUCAACAAGCUCCUCACUCUACUGAUUUUCAAGCUGAGGAAAAGCAAGCUCUUGAUAAUCUGAUUCAGAAUUCCAGAGUAUAUGACAGUUUCCUGAGACAAAAAAGCAAGGUCAAUUGGCUCAGGUUUGGGGAUGAUAAUACAUCUUUUUUCCAUGCUUGUUUGAAACAGCGGAAGGAAGUUAAUCGAAUAGCUUCGUUUGUGACUGAUAAUGGUCAGAUAGUUGAGAAUUAUGAGGAGGUUGUGGCUCACUUUUUAUUUCAUUUUAGAAGUGUUUUGGGCAGCCAAAGUAAGGCUUCGGGUUCUAUUCCUAAGGAUUGCUUUAUACAUGGUAAUAUCCUUUCUUUAGAGCAUCAGCUGGCUUUAAUAAAACCAUUUACUAAGAAGGAUGUAAAGAAUGCUAUGUUUAGCAUUAGGUCAAUCAAGAGUCCAGGUCCAGAUGGCAAGGAUAUCCUUAAAGGAUACAAGAGGAAGCAUAUUUCCCCUAGAUGUGUGAUGAAAAUUGAUCUAAGCAAGGCAUAUGAUUCCAUUGAUUGGAACUGUUUAGAGGAUAUUCUUGCUGCCUUUUGUUUCCCGAACCAGUUUAUUAACUGGAUUAUGAUGUGUUUAAAAGAUUCAUCUUAUUCAAUUUUGAUGAAUGGUAGAGUGCAUGGUUGCUUUACUAGUAGGAGGGGGCUGAAACAAGGGGACCCGAUUUCCCCUCUAUUGUUUGUUCUUGUUAUAAAGUUUUUUACUAGGAUGUUCAUUCAAGCUACUCAGAAUAAGGAUUUUAAAUUUCAUCGUAGAUGUAAAAAUCUGAAUUUGGUGAGCCUAUGUUUUGCGGAUGACUUGGUGAUUUUUUGCAAGGGAAAUAAUGCUUCUGUUCAGGUUAUUCAAGAGUGCUUUCAAGCAUUUAGUGCUGUUUCUGGUUUAACAGCCAAUUUGGAGAAGUCCUGA